UGUCUGUCUGUCUGUCUGUCUGUCUGUCUGUCUGUCUGUCUGUCUGUCUGUCUCUGUCUGUCUAUACCUCGGUCUGUCGGUCUGUCUGUCUGUCUGUCGGACAGCACUAGGGAAGGGCGCUCGCUGUUACGUAGAACACGUAACAAACUACGUAGCCGUCCCUGGAGUUAGCUGCUAGUUAGCCGCUGUUAGCUGCUGAUAGCUGCCCACUCUCUCUCUAUAUAAUAUGGUUUAGGGACAGAUCCGAGUGUUGGAAUGCAGCCGCCUCUGCCCCCCUCCGCGGCCCGGGGGCUCGUGCGCUCCUGCCUCCACCGGGACCCGAUGGCGGCAGACCUGCGCUGCAGCCUCUUCGUGGCGGCGGCACAGAGCUACAAGAGGGACUCCCUGCUGAGGCCCUUCCCCGCCAGAUACAUAAGAGGAGAGAACAAGGAGUUUGAGGAGCUGCUGACAGACGUGAGCGGCUUUCCCUGUGUGAGGGAGCUGGUGAGACUGAACCCCGGGGAAGGAGACCAGUAUGUGGCCCUGGCACACUGGAUCCUCUCCUCCAAGAGCUUCGCUGUGAAGACCCUUCAGAAGGAAGAGUACCCCAGGCUGUGUGACCUGACUAAGAACGAGGGCGUCUCAGCGCCGGUUCCAGACUUCCUGUUUGAGCUGGAGUACUGCGACCAGAUGAACGCGCGCUUCGAGAAGACACGCUCGGACAGAGACCUCUUCUAUGCAUUCCACGGGAGCCGGCUGGAGAACUUCCACUCUAUCCUUCAUAACGGCCUCCACUGUCACCUCAACAAGACCUCCAUGUACGGGGAGGGGACCUACCUGACCAGUGACCUCAGCAUGGCAGUGCUGUACAGCCCCCACAGCAGUGGCUGGAGGGAGAGCCUCCUAGGGCCGCUGCUGAGCUGCGUGGCCCUGUGUGAGGUCAUCGACCACCCGGACGUCAAGUGCCAGGUGAAAAGGAAAGACUCUGACUCUGUCGACCGCCAGCGGGCGAGAGCGAAGAACAGCGAGGGCGGGGAGGUCCCGGAGAAAUACUUUAUCGUCACCAAUAAUCAGCUGUUGAGAGUCAAGUACCUUCUUGUUUACUCCCAGAGGAAGAACCUGUCCAGGCACUCGCGCGGCUCCUCCUGGAUGGUCAGGCACCACUUUGCGGUCAUGAUGAGUCUGUACCUGCUGCUGCUCAUCUGCAUCGGGGCCUUCAACUCCUCCAGCUUCUCCUCCUUCGUCCACAGACUGUUCCGCUGAUGAGCCGGCCCCUGGGUAGUACUCUGCGUGCCUUCCGGCUUACAGACAAUCUUCACAUGAUCUACAUUUUGUAUUUUAUAUAUAUAUAUGUAUAUAUAUAUAUACAUAUAUAUACAUUUCUCUCUCAGAAAGAUCACUGAUCAUUUAACCUUGAUGCUCAUUUUUGAACAAGAAGUUAUCAUGACAGCUGUUACGUUAUGAUUACUCGAUAUCCUCUUAAAAAUACUUAAAAGAAACAAUGGUCUAUCUACUUUAUCUUUUUUACUGCUAUGCAAAGAAACCUCCUGUAUCAUAUACCUGGUCGGUUGGUCCUGUCAACUUUUUUUCUGCCCCGACUGCACGCCUGCGAUGCCAAACUCACAGAAUGCGCAACGUAAUCUUGUGUUGUUUUAAAGACCUGACUGGAGAUUUUCAUCACAAGUAAUAUUUCUGUUUGUUGUUGAAUGACUUUUGAGGGGAUAUGAGUUGAUGUAUGCUCUCAUCCAUCACUAUUACGGCAUCCUGUUUACCAGGGGCAAUGGAAUCAUCAACCACCAUUCUGGUGGUUGAGGAUUCCAUUGCCCCUCGUCUACCAGCCAAUGGAUGUUUUGGUACUGAAAUCCCAUUUAGUGACAUCAUUUUCUGAAUCCAGCUACAUUAAUUUCCAUGUUAGUGCAUUGAUUUCACCCUACUUAUACCACACCUGGUAUUGCAUUAUUCUUGAUCUACGUGACCUUGUGCUCCACGCUCACCGUGUCCGGGACUCGCAGUGGAAACACUGAGGAUUAGCCCUCCUGCCAAGGUCUUAAGUCGCUUCGCCUCAUCGACCAACGUCUUUCUGAAGGCCCCGUCCUCACAAACCCCAGGGCCCACUGUGGGCUGGCCGUGUCCCUCACUCUGCCCGCUCCACCCCGGGAGAGGAGGAGCACCUGAAGGUGUUCCUCUGGUUUACUGCCCCUGGGCACGGCUGGUCUUCGGGUCCAUUAUCCCGUUAUCAGGGUAGAGGUGGUGAUACGGCCUGGUAACAGCGGCUGCUUUGGUGAAGUCGUCUUUGGUUCCAGGGGUUGGGUUACUAUACAGCGUUGUGUAUCAGCGCUUAGAGCGGCAUAUUGUUUUUGUUUUUCACUUGUUUUUAAAGCGCCGCUGUAUUUCAGAAUUAAAUGCAAUGCAUUUACUUUAUCAUGCUUUUUGAACAUGGUGGAAUACUGUUGGAAUAUUGUUUUACAAUAUUUAUGCAAAUAAUAAAUAAAUAAUAAAAUGGACACUAUAAUAUAUAUAUAUAGGGCACUAUGAUAUGUUAUGCAGACCACACACUUAAUUAAGAUAACCCCUUGUAAUAGUUAAAUAGGUUCGGGUUAGGGUUAAAUACAUGAGGUUGAUAGGGCUGAUUUUGCUCUGCUUUGGAUAAAAGCGCACGCUUUUAUCCAAAGCGACACAUCUGUCAGAAGGUGAAACAAUAUAUCGCUACGGAUGUUCAUAUAACCAAGUGCCAAGCACUAACAAUCGAUAGUUUAACCCAUUCCCUGUGUACAACAAAGAUAGCUAGGAUAAGAUGCUACACAACUAAGUACUAUAAGUACGACAUACAAUAACUGCGUACAUUAAAUACCAAUUCAGACCUAAUAAUUACAGCAUAUUUAUCUUAGUCAUGCAAUUUAAAGUAUUGGGAGCAAGAUCGUGAGGCUUACAAUUGAUGGACUGCUUUGUUGUCAUAAAGCUGAAAUGGCCCGCUGUGGUCGUUGACUCUUUAUUCCAUCAACGAGGAACGAGAGGUUCAUAAAACUAACUGAGUUGCUGAGUUACUAUUUCCCCAACGACCAACUUUGGGGAAAUGGUAUGGAUGAAGGAAAUCUGUUUGGAUCAUAUUUAUUUAGAUAUUAAAUGACAUUGUGUUACUCCAGUGACUUUUGACUAUGAAUACACCAAAAUAGUAUAUCAUUUAAAUUGAAAUUCUGUUCGGAUGUGUGUAUUAUGCAUGAAGUCCCAGUGGAAAGGUUUUCAGUAUUCAAACGUGUGGUGCCAUUGCGCUGAUCCAAGGAUUCUUAACACAAAAUCGAGUUUAUAAAAAUAAAACUUUUAUUUCACAUAAAUCAAAAUACAUUUUAUUUCACAUCAUCUUCACAUGCAAUUAUGACAGGGACAGAUUGGCACAAAAAUAGAAAUGGAGUGAUGGGAGGCAGGUGUCAACUGGCAGAGCAGAGUUUAUUGUGAUUGGCUGGGCGGUAUUGGAGUGUGAAAUCUGGAAGACAGCUGCCCAAAUCAGUAGAUUCCAGCACUGCAUAAAAAAACACAAAAAAGAUCUACACGCCUUCUGACAAAUGUACUUAAGUUGUUAUUAUUUAAAAAUAAUCUAUUAAUCUAUUUCUAGACACCACAGAGAAAUAAGGUCAUUACGGGUUCACUGUUAAGAAAAGCCUUUGGUUCUAAGGAAGCUUGAACGGGCUAUCGUACUUUACAGCUCAAACCAGAUAGCAGGAGUGUCAGUAUCCCUAAACCCCCCCCAAAUCUGUUAAAUAUUUGUUCCGGGAGCAAAAGAUCUUAUUUGCAAUGCAAAAUAAAUGACAUGUCCCUUUAAAAAUAUAUAUAUAUUUUGUAAAGCACACAAUAUUAUCUGGAGUAGUCGGUCAAUUUAAUCUGGAGAUAAUGUCGUGAUGCCAUUCCUGUCCUGGACAUAAGAGGAGCAGCCCUUGCCAGCUCUGCAGAUUCCCCUGUGCCCCUGGUGGACUGAGGGUCCCCAUGGUCUGAGGGCCCCCGCAACUCUCCUCAGCACCGCAUCCCCAGUGCACGCCAGGGGGGGGGCGGUGGAUCUGCACGCAGGAGGGCUGUGCAGGGCCUGCAGUCCCCCAGCAGCAGCAGAGGCCUUGCUCUCUGGCCGCACCGCCCGAGGGAACAUGGUCACCAUGUGGAACAUCAGCGUCUCCUUAGUGUCGGCUGCAACAGGGAGGGAGGGGAGCGAGGGACAGUGCUGACCGAACUAAGACACCUUCAGUACCUUUUAUAUUUAAGGCAGAAAGUGUCUGAAAGUUCAAUUAACUACUUAGUAAUAUUUAUUUUAUUUCAGUUUUACAUUUACACUUGUUUAAGUCUCAGAACAUUACUAUUAAUUUUUGAAAUGUUAAAUAUAAAUAUGUCAAAUAUGUAGUUUGUAAAAUAAACACAUGUUGCUUUUAUCUUUACAGUGCCGCUGAGCAGUGCUGCUGUAAUGUGCCUGUAUAGUAGAAUUAUAAAGAACCACAAUGUAACUGCCUAGCUCUUACACAUCCAAAGAAUCGGCUUGGGAUAGUGUUAUUUAUUUGUAACAGUAGAUUAAAUGAAGCCUUUCUCAAUAAAGUCACAUCAUUUAAAUAAACGAUAAAGAAAAAUUU